AUGGUGGUGGAGGAGAUCACCGAGGGCGUGAAGAACCUCGCCGUCGCCGGAGAUGCGGCGGCGGCCUCAGGCGGAGAGGGGCAGAGGAGGGGCGGCGGCGGCAGCAGCAACCGCAUCCAGGUGUCCAACACCAAGAAACCCCUCUUCUUUUACGUCAACCUCGCCAAGAGGUAUAUGCAGCAGCACGGCGAUGUUGAGCUAUCCGCUCUUGGAAUGGCCAUAGCGACAGUUGUGACCGUGGCAGAAAUUCUGAAGAACAAUGGAUUUGCUGUUGAAAAGAAGAUUAGGACAUCUACUGUUGAAAUAAACGACGAAUCAAGAGGGCGUCCAUUCCAAAAGGCCAAGAUUGAGAUAAUCAUGGGAAAGAGUGACAAAUUUGAUGAGUUGAUGGCUGCUGCUGCGGAAGAGAGGGGAGAAGUGGAAGAUGGCGUCUGCAACCUCUGCAACGGGGGCGUCCGGUUCGUGCGGGAGCACGACCCCAACAGGAGCAUCAGGUAUGUGCCGCUGCAGAGCGAGUCCGGAAGGAAGCUCCUGCAGAGGUCAGGGAGGUCCCCUGACGACAUCUCCAGUGUUGUUCUCGUCGAGAAAGACAGGUUCUUGAGGGACUUCGUGUACGAUAAUGUUGCGAACAACAGGUACGCCAUGUUUGGCCGCUCGGAAACAGAAGCAUUUGGAGAUGAUGGUGUUGUUCGACGAUGCCACAGUAAUGCCGUCCGUGUUGGGGCUAUCAGCUGGAGCAGUGAUGGAGACACUGUCCACGAGCCCCUGGCUGCACUGGAACAGGGUCAUGUGCUUGUCUGCACUGUCCUUCAGACGUAUCCUUCUGACCCAUAG